AUGGAGGCUUAGGCCCAGAACUCUGGGUAGGGGGGCAUCCCCAAGGCAGAUCCCCAGGGAGCCAACAGGGACCAGGAGGAGAGGCCCAAGGCAGAGUUGAGGCCCUCGGAAGAGGACAAAGCCAAGAGACACCUGUCUCAGGAAGGAGAUGUGCGUGGAGGGACAGCGGGUGGCAGGACGACUACCCCGGGUGGGGGCUCCCCGAGCUGGGGCCUUGGUGUGAGCUCCAGCCCAGGGACUCUUCAGAGUGAGGGAACUGGACCCCUGGUGUAAGAGCGGUGUGCCUCCACCUCCUCUCAGGACCCUGACCUGUUGCAGGCUGGGGAGGACCCCUGUCAGUGCCCAGCGGGUGCCAGGGCCUCCAACCAUAACUCCUGUCUGAUGUGGCAUCACAGAGCAUCCCCUGGGGAGAAGCCCCCAGUAUGUGACCACUGUGGAGGCCAAGCGCCGCUCUGGAGCUCCCCUCAGGCUCAGCUGUGUGCGGUCCACACAGACUAUCCACCCUGUGAACAGCGCACAGAUGCCCAAACCUUCCCUAGGACCCCGAAGCCGACCCCCCUCCAGCAGAGACCCUUGGUGGAGCGUGUGUGCCGCUGCGGCAAGGUCUUUGCCUGGAGGGCCCCACUAGCCCCGCAGGAGCUGAUGCAGGAGGCCAAGGAGUGCCGCCCGUGUGCCGGGUGCAGAAAGCGCUUCGGCCCCAACGAGCAGCAGCAGGUGGGCGAGGGCCCCUCGAUGUGUCCCCAGGGCGGCCAGGCCUCGAGUCCUCGCCCCAGGGCCCUGGCCCAGCGGCUGUACGCGUGCGAUGAGUGUGGCAGGGCCUUCACGCGCACGUCGAGCCUGCUGCAGCACGAGCGCAUCUACACGGGCGAGCGGCCCUACGAGUGCUGCGAGUGCGACCAGGCCUUUGUGCGCUGCUUCGGCCUCUACCGCCACCGGAGGACGCACUCGGCCGAGCGCCGCGGCCCGGCGCGGAGGGCCUUCCUGCUGGGGUGUCCGCCCUGCGGCGACUGUGGUGAGGGGGCCCCGCGGCCCCCACGGGCGCCCGUGGCCGGGGAGAAGCUGUACGAGUGCGCCGAGUGCGCCAAGCCCUUCGGCCUGUUCUCGCACCUCGUGGAGCACCGACGCGUGCACAAGGGCAAGAAGCCGUACACGUGCCCCGAGUGCAGCAAGGCCUUCAACCAGCGCUCGAACCUGAGCCGGCACCAGCGCACGCACAGCAGCGCCAAGCCCUAUGCGUGCGCGCUGUGCGAGAAGGCCUUCAAGGGCCGCUUGGGGCUGCUGCAGCACCAGCGCGCGCACACGGACCAGCGGCCCUACGGCUGCCCCAAGUGCGGUAAGGACUUCGAGCUGCGCCAACACGAGCGCCUGCCCUCAGGCGAGAGGCCCUUCAUUUGUGCCGCCUGUGGCAAAGCCUUCGUGUGCAACUGCAGCCUGGUCCCCCACCGGCGCACGCACACGGGCGAGUGGCCCUACGCGUGCAGCGAGUGUGGCCGUGCAUUCAGCCAGGGCUCCAACCUCAACGAGCACCGGAGGCGGCACGCGGGCGGCGGGGCACCUCUCCCGCGAACCUCUCCGACGUGUUGAGCGCUAUUAAACCUCACUCUGUACGCACCGCGUCCACCAGUUCCCGCACACUGGAGUGCCACUCGACCCUCUCCAACCGGGCGCAUAGCAUCCGAUUCAGGCGGGAUGGAGCACUGACGUGCCCCAGAGGCUGGGUCACUAUCGCAGGAGUCUGUCCCUCUGCGUCCCGCGGGAGGCACUACCGCGCCCGCUGGGACGUGGGGAAGCGAGAUAAAGUGACUCCCCAGGGGCACAGCCAGAACAUGGAGGAGAUAUGGUUCGAACCCAGGACCUCUCCCUGCCCCUUCCUGGGGGCUUCAGUAGCCCUUGGUGGCCUCAGGCGUUUGCACACCCUCUAGUGUAGCUGGGCCCCCGCCUCCUCCCUGAGAUCUUGGAGAUGCCUCCCUGGGCUUUGGGAGAGAGACUUUUCACGCCGCCUGACCCUCACGGAGGCCAACGGCCUGAGCUUGAGGGGCGGGGCCUCAGCCUGCCCGACCCCUGGGCGGCUAUGUAGUCGUCACAGAGCGGGGGAGCCCCCCUUGUGGGGGAGGUGAGAUUCCAGGGCAGCCUUGGCCUGGUCUGUGAUUGGCAGAUGGGGGCGUCCUCAUGUUAUGUCCAAGCCAUGUGGUUCUGCCCGCGCUGGUCUCUUGGCAGGAGUCCAGGUUAGACUCUGCGGCGUGGGGGGCAUCAAGGAAGGAGACCCAGAGGUGCGGCCACAACUCCUAGGAGGGAAUCCGGGGCAGACCUGGAACAGCAUGUUUCUCUCCUACCUGUAUGUUUGGUUUUAUAUGUAUGUGAUUCCAAUUUCCCCCAUUCCAUCCUCCACAUGUCCCAAAGUGACAUUCACACGGCUCUCCACUCCAGAAGCCAAUAUUUGCACUUACUACAGGCCAGGCACCAUGCUCGGCACUCUGCCCUUAAUCGCCCCAUUUGAUCUGCGCCCUAACUGGGAGGGCAGGGACGCCUCUCCCCCCAAAUCACGGAGGCCACGUGGCCCAGCCAGAGGCGCCUAGAGGGAGGGCAGAGCUGGCUUCAGCACCAAGUCCUUCAGAGUCUGGGCCUCGAUGCUUCCAAUGGGGUUCCCAAGCGUGGCCUUGGAUUCUGCAGCAAAGCCCCGGCAAGCCACCCUUCACUCUGUGUCUCCCAUUCCUGAGCUCCUGUCUCUUGGGAAGGGGAAGAUGCAAAGGCCUCUUGGGGUAACAAAGCUGUUGGCUCUCCAUUCUUGGGCAUGGCCUGCAGGACACCAUUGCAGCCGUUUAUUGUGUACCUGGCCCAGGUGAUCCUCAUGAUGCUGUGCGGAUGGGUGCCGUCCCAUGUCCCAGAUGUAGGAGGCUCUCCAUGGGGUGGGGACUGCAUGCUUCAUCUGUCCUUGCCAAGUUCACACCAUGAAAAGCCCCUCCUGAGGACAGAGAGGGAGUCAGAUGGGUGCUCAAAACUCCCAGCUCAGGCCACAGGGAAGAGGUCAGCGUGGAAAACCAGUCCCAGCAGCCCCGUGGGAAUUCACCCUGGGAGAGUCUUACCUAAUAGUGUCCUCUGCUUUCAACAGCCCCCACAGGCCCAGGUCUUGGUUAAUCCAGGACUCACUCACCCAGGGCUUAAAUCCCCCUUCUCUGGGGAAAACCAUCCUCCCUGAGGCAGGCCCAGCCCAGAGUCCUCUCUCCAGGUGGUCUCCUUGAAGCCUUCCCCAGCCUUGAGAUGAGGGAGAGCGGUCCCUUCCCUACCCACAGGGUAGGACCCAGUCACCCAGUACUCUUUCCACAGAAAUCUCCCAAGACACAGCUCUCCUGGCCACUUCGCCUCCACCCUGGGAUGGGGGCUAAAGUCACAAAGUUGGCGCUCACCAGCCUCUUUGCAAGUCCUGCAGAAAUGAAAACACAGGCCCCGACCGUUCUAUGCUCAGCAUUUUGGGACCCAUUUUAACUUUCUCGUAUACUGGUGAACGUCAGCAAAGUCAUGCUGGGCAGACACCCUGGGCAAUGCAGGAAUGUGAGGAAGGCUACAGCCUCCACCACGUUUUACACCUGAGAGCUCAUUCCAGAGAGCAGCGCUGUGGGGCCAGUAUGGGAGGUCAUUCCAGAGACAGUGGAAGUCUCUCCCUCUCACGCAGCCAGUGUGGGAGCACCUCAGGCAAAAAUGGAACCUUUUUUCUCACAUCGUGGGUUCAGGCAGCUGGCCCAGCCUGGUUGGACCCAGACAGAAGCCUGAUGUGCUCUAACCUGGCUGGGCUGCCUGUUGGGUGGAGGAGACUGCCGAGGGGUCAGGGUAGGGGUGAGGUGGGCCAGGAAGACAGACACAGCCAGGGUUUGGGUCUGAUGGUCACCUCAAGCCUCCUGGGGUGGAGGAAGUUCACAUCCAGUGUUUCCACAAGUGGCCAGGGCCAUCUUCAUCCUCACAAACAGGUGUCCCCACCUCCCUGGUGCUUGGCGACCCCAGUGUGGAGCAAGGAGGUGAGGGUGAGGCCCUGGAGCUGCCCUGUGUGGAGAGGGAGAUGGAGGCCCCGAGCGGGGCUGGUGCGGGUGAGGAGGGCCGCGCUUGAGCCUUUGCACAGUCCUGGCACCCACACUCCCACCUACAGCACCUCCUGCAGGGUCAGGUGUGGGGAUGUGUGAGUGGCACCAUCUCGGCCUGCAUAGAGGUCUUGCAGCCUGCCCCAUCCCAGGCCGGGCUACCAACACCCAACAGGGCUGGCAUCUGACUCAGAGUCAGCCUCAGAUGCUUCCUCUAGGGGGAAAUUGGAGCAUCUGCAGCCCCACCUGCCUGGUUUCCCUGUUCCAGGCUGAAGAGGGGACACCGGCCUCCAAGGCCAACUCAGAGAAAGUUGGGGGUGGUGGCCUGCUGUCCCUCCAUCCAGCCGGCCCUUGCCCCGGGUCCCCCACGAUCCAGUCUCUCCUGGAACCCGCGGGCCCCUCUGCUCCACUCUUUAGUGUUUUUUGGGUUCUCUCAGACAUUUGCUUUCUCUCCC